CAAUAUGGCAGCUCCCGUGAACAGUGUGGGUAAAACCUCUGGUGACCGUUUUCAGGUUAAUUGUACGAGCUUUCAGAAGAAAACAAGAAGUAAAUUGAUCUCCAUACCCGGGACGAGACCUUCGGUCCAAAACGGACAGCUCUUAGUUUCGACUGGUGUCACGUCGCUGGACUACCUGCUCGGUGGUGGAUUAGCAGUUGGUACAGUGCUUCUCAUUGAGGAGGACCGAUUUGACAGCUACUCCCGCAUGAUCUUGAAGUACUUUCUGGCAGAGGGAGUGGUGUGUCGGCAUGAACUUUUUGUGGCAACAGCUCAAGAUAACCCUGAUGAAAUCCUACAGGAGCUUCCAGCCCCUAUCUUGGAUGAUGUUGCUGUUCCUAAACCCGUGGAUCAGCCCAGACCGACUGGUGAACCCCAGGACAGUUUGGAUGCCAUGACGAUUGCCUGGCGCUAUCAGAACCUGCCUAAAGUUCAGAGUGCUUUGGCAUCUUCCUCUCGAUUCGGACACUACUAUGAUGUCUCAAAGACGAUGGAGGCAGAGAUUCGCCAAGCGGCCAAGUGCCACCGCUUCUACCUUCCGGAUCACAUCACCCCGUCAUCAGCAGCACACAGUGCCAGGGUUGAGUCCUACUCUGCCUUACUGAAGUCACUCCAAGAGGUCAUACACAGAGAGGGCUUUGAUUUGGCGACCCCCAUGUCAAAGUCACGUAACAUCCUGCGUGUGGGGCUUCACUCUCUGGGCUCAGCUCUGUGGGGGGACGACAUGUGUUGCCAUGACAAACCUAGACAUGGCCACGCCCUGACUACCUUUCUGUAUGGACUCCGUGCAUUGUUGAGGUCAUCGCUUUCAGUUGCCGUAGUAACCUUACCUUCACAUCUCAUCCAGGACAGAGCUCUAAUGGGCAAUAUAACCCGGCUGUGUGACAAUGCCAUCGCCCUGGAAUCAUUCAAAGGCUCUGAGAGAGAGACCAACCCUCUCUACAAAGACUACCACGGCCUGCUGUUUGUGCGCCAGGUGCCUCACCUGAACUGUCUGGCCAGGCAACUCCCUGACCACAAGGAUCUGGCCUUUAAGCUCAAGAGGAAACAGUUUACUAUUGAGUCACACUCGAGUGAGCUGAAGACACGAAAGGUUACCCAGGUGAGGGUUGGCAGGGAUGGAAGCAAAGCAGGGCUUCCAGAUGACUCCAUAGAUGUUUGUGUGCAUUUGGAAUGAAGUUGGUGGGAAGAUCAUAGACAAACUUUGUCUUUCUAAGAUCUUCAUUUUUUUUUUUUUGCCUUACACUUGUUGGCUUUUUCUUGAGAUAAAUUACAGGUUCUCUCCAAAUCUCUAAGCUACUUUGGCAAAAAUAUACGUUAUCUUASKCUAUCUGCUAACCCCACAAAACGCUUCUCAAAAAACAAAACCCAAAAUAAAUCCCUCUCUUUGCAUAUGCAGCUCUGGAAAAAAUUAAGAGAUCACUUAA